AUGACACAAAGCAAUGAUAAUAAUACUAACAAUGAAUCCAAAGAGGAGAAAUUAAGAAAGAGAAGAGAACAGUUGUUAUUAUGGAGACAGAAGAAGGAGCAAGAAAGGAAUGAAGAUGUGAAACAAGAUGAUAAUGAGGAUAUUAAAAAGAUACGUCAACAACGUAUUGAGCAAUGGAAGAAAUCCAAACAGCUAAAUAAGAGUGAAGAAAAAUCUCCAACUCCAACUGUUGAGAACAAUAUCAAAACCAAAAUAAGUAUAAACAAGAAAAAAACAAUAAUUAAAGAAACAUCUUCGAUUUUGAAAAAGAGGGCAAGGCCAAUGUUUCAAGAUGAUGUUGAAAGUAACUUAAAACCAAAAUUUAAAAAGCCAAGCUUAGAUUUUAAUGAUACUGAAGAUAAUGACAAUGAUGUGGAUGACGUAGACAAAUUCUUAGAAACUUUAAAUGAUGAAGAAAUUAAAGAAUCAGAAUACCAUUUAAGUCGAGAAGAAGAUGAAAAUAUAGAUGAUUUAGAUGAUGAAAAUGAUUUUGAUGACUUAUUAGCUAAUAGAUUAACCAAAUUACAAAAUAAAACAAAAAACCUUCAGGAAAUUGAUCAUUCAAAGGAAAAUUAUGAACCAUUCAAUAAAGUUUUUUAUCAAGAACCUUAUGAGAUGUCCAAGUUAUCUCCAAAAGCAAUUGAUCAGAUUAGAUUAGAGCUAGAUGGUUUGUCAGUUAAAGGAAAUAAUCCUCCAAAUCCAAUUUUAAAAUGGUCUCAUUUAUCAUUACCGAAUAAUUUAUAUCAGGUUAUUACUAAUAAAUUACAAUUUGCUUCACCUACAAGUAUCCAAGCACAGGCUUUACCUACAAUUAUGUCAGGAAGGGAUUUAAUAGGUGUAGCUAAAACUGGUUCUGGGAAAACAUUAUCAUAUGUUUUACCAAUGUUACGACAUGUUCAAGAUCAAAGACCUUUAAAAGAAGGAGAAGGUCCAAUUGCUUUAAUUUUAAGUCCAACACGUGAAUUAGCAAUACAAAUUCAAAAAGAGAUUCUACAAUUUACUAAACAAGAAAAGAAAUUAAGAGUUUGUUGCUGUUAUGGUGGUUCAAAUAUUGAAACACAAAUUAAUGAAUUGAAAAAAGGUGUUGAAAUUGUUGUUGGUACUCCAGGUAGAAUCAUUGAUUUAUUAGCUGCAAAUAGUAGUAGAUUAACAAAUUUGAAAAGAUGUACCUAUGUUGUUAUCGAUGAAGCUGAUAGAAUGUUUGAUCUAGGUUUUGAACCACAAGUUACAAAAAUUUUCACCCAAAUUAGACCAAAUAGACAAACUAUAUUAUUUUCAGCUACUUUACCUAAAAAAAUGGAAAUAUUGGCUGAGAAAUUAUUGACUGAUCCGGUUAAAAUUAUAGUUGGUGGUGUAAGCAUAGUUGCAAAGGAGAUAAGUCAAACGAUUAUACUAUUUGAAGAUGAAUCAAAUUAUCAACAAGAGAAAUUUGAUAAACUUACUGAGAUAUUAACUGAUUUCAAAGGUCAUGGUAAGGUACUUAUUUUUGUUGAAAAGCAGAAUGAUUGUGAUGAAUUACAAAUUAAGUUAAUGAAGAAAGGAUUUGCUUGCGUUUCUAUCCAUGGAGGUAAGGAACAAAUUGAUAGAAAAUAUGCAAUUAAAGAGUUUUCAGAUCCUUCCAAUGAUAAAGAUCUUUUAAUCGCAACUUCAAUAGCUGCGAGAGGAUUAGAUGUUAAAAAUUUAAAUUUAGUUAUUAAUUUUGAUCCACCUAAUCAUUUAGAAGAUUAUGUUCAUAGAGUUGGUAGAACUGGUAGAGCAGGACAAUUUGGAGAAUCAAUUACAUUUGUUUUCAAAAAUCAGCAAAAGGAAAUUUCAAGCUUAGUUAAAGCUUUAACAUUAAGUGAACAAGAAAUUGAUCCAAAAUUACUAGAAAUUAACAAUCAGUUCUUAUCAAAAGUCAAAUCAGGUAAAGAGAAAUUUAAUUUUGGUUUUGGAGGUAAAGGUUUAGAUAAUUUACAAGACAUUAGGGAAUCAAAGUUAAAACUUGAAAAACAAAUUUACGGAGAAACUAAUGAUGAAGAAAUUAAUAAUAAACCAGAUUUGAAAUCUAAACAAUCUACACCUUCAUUUGAUUUACCUGAGUUUAAUAUAAUUGAAGGUAACUCAGGAGAAACUUCAGGUCCAGAUAAAUGUAAAUUUUAUUGUAAAAUUACAAUUAAUGAUUUGCCACAAAAAGUAAGAUGGAAUAUAGUUCAAAGAGAGAAUUUAAGUAAGAUAUUAGAGGUUUCAAAAACUUCAAUUACUACAAAAGGUCAAUUUUAUCAAUUGAAUCAAGUACCUACAAAUGAUCAACCACCGAAAUUAUAUUUAUUACUUGAGGGAUUAACUUAUAAAAGCAUACAAGAUGCAAUAGAAUUAAUUAAAGAGAAAAUAAUUGAAGGUAUUGAAUUAGUUGAUAAAGAUGAAGCUGUAAAUUCAACUGGUAAAUAUAAAGUAUAG